AAGGAAAACUGAAACAGAAUUCUGUUCCUGAAUUCUUUUCGUCCAGUUCCUAUCCAGGCAAGAAUGCGACCAAUACCAGUGUUCAAGGCGCGAGUACUGAAGGCACUGUUGUUUUUGCUGCUUUUGGCAACUCUUGGUAUGUACGUGACAAUUGAGAAGAUGUUUAAUAUGACAGGCCACCGAUAUUGGCCGAAAUUCGCCGUUGGAGCAUGGCGUUCUCAAGAAAAUAACAAAAUGGCUACAUAUCAACACCAUAGAACACUGGUUGACGUCGAGGAGGGCGUAUAUUCAAGCCAUGGACAAAGACAGAACCAAAACUCCAUCAAACAUUCAAUAUUAUGGUACAAGAAACCAGGAUGGAUUAAUCUAAAUCGCGCCAACAAUGCAAUAUCUAGAGUAUGUUAUUAUCAAAACUGCUUCAUGACAGACGAUGACACUAUCAGCAUCCACAACCAUUCUGCCAUUGUGUUUACCAUGACUGAGCAAAAUGACUUUUCUCCUCCAAUCCGAAGAAUCGACACACGACCUGAUCAAGUAUGGCUAUUUUUCGGUUUAGAAUCGCCAAUAAAUCACCAAUUUCUUGGGCAUAGACAUAAAAGCUGGUUAAACACAAUGAAUUGGUCAAUGUCCUAUCGCACUGAUUCAGAUAUCUUCUUCCCCUAUGGUAUGCUGCGCACAUUACAAUCAGGUGGGAAACCGGUUCAACCAAGCGUUUUUAGCAGGAAAACCCAGCAUGCCGCAUGGAUUGUAAGCCACUGUAAGGCGGAUAGUAUGAGGGACGAAUACGUACAGGAAAUGAUCGAUUUCGGCUUAAAGGUGGAUAUUUUCGGACGCUGCUCGGGAAGUGAAUUUAGCGAAAUUUCGGAAAUGAAAAGAACAAUCGAAUUGAACUACAAAUUCUAUUUGAGCUUCGAAAACAGCUUUUGCACGGACUAUAUUACGGAAAAAUUCUUCUUCUACUUUUCUUGGGAAGUAGUUCUUGUAACGCGCGGCGGUGCAAACUAUAGUCGUCUGCUACCCCAACACACAUACAUUGACACCACGCAUUUUAGAUCUGCGAAAGAGUUAGUAAUGUUUCUUUUAGAAGUAGGAGAUUCAGAGGACAAAUAUAUGCAUUAUUUAAAUGAGAAGUCAAAAUAUAUAUCGACUGAAUUCGUUCCAUCACCUUAUUGCAGCAUUUGCGCAAAACUAAAUAAGCUGGAAGAAUACAGAAAAUCGUAUUCUGAUCAUGUGACUUAUAUUCAUGAAGACUUAUGUUGGGCACCAAAUGAUCUUUCUAAAUUGCACAUUUCAAUAACCAUGUAUGUAAUUAUUGGAUGUUCCACUACCAUUUGUAUUUUCGUAUGUGUACGGAAAUGGUACAGAUUAGCUUUCAAUGUGACAAGACGUGAUUUUCUGAGCUCCAUGUCUUGAUUAUCGAUUAUUGACUUCACGCGACUUAAUUGAAAAUGUAGCAAAACCGUGUAUAUGGAUUAUUAUGGUUUAUGUAACUACUACACUGGAGUGGUAGAAUGGUAGCUAAACAAGUUAUAAAAACACUUUCGUAUACAAAAAUGCUGAGUGCUGAAACCUGGAAGUGAAAUUUGAAUGUUUAAACGUUAUCGUUUAAAAAGUUCCAUCAAUGCAACUAAGUUAUUGUAAUAUUGGAACUACCUUUUCGGCAUGCUACAUGUACGUGUCUGGUGUUUGUGCUAUAUCUAUAGUGUGACUGUCACUGUGCUAUGUUUCUGCUGUGACUGUGCUGUGACAUCGAGGUGACCGUGUCUGUGCUGUGUCUGUACUAUGCUCGCAGCUGUGAUUGAGCUGUGUCUACACAUUGCCUUUCGUUCUAAGCA